UUGAAGUGGACUGUUCACGUGUACAGAUUCUGUAGAAUUCCAUCACGUCUGUACGAUUAGGAAUGACCAUAAAUGUUGGAAUGGCUACAAUUAGGGUUUUUUCACAGCCUUUCGAGCAAUUGAACAGAACAAAUAUUUUUCCAGGAAAACAUGGAGAGCAGUGUGAGUACAGCUACUGUGGUCGAUGGAUCUCAAAUCAGGCAGCUGGUGGAGAAUAAAGAGGCCUUCCAGAGCUAUGUGGAAGAGAAAUUCUGUGUGUUGGAUAAAGAUAAAAAUGGGAACUUGAGUGUGGAGGAGCUUCAGCCUAUUGUCUCCAACAUUGGCAUAGCCCUGGGCUUGCCAUCCAGGGGCUCUUCACCGGACUGUGAUCACAUUUAUGAAGAGGUGACCAAAGAGUUUUUACUUGGGAAGGAGCAUAUAAGCAAAGAAGAAUUUAGCUCUGUUCUGGCCGACUUCCUCAUGGGCAUGGCGGAUGGACUGGCAAGGGAUCCAAUCUGUCUUCAAACCCUCACUGGCCAAGAAUUGCAAUGCUAUGUCAACAGCUCUGAGUUUGAGGCAGAUGCAGUGGCUAUGUAUACUCAGUUGUCAACAGACCAAGGAGAGAAAACCAUAGAAACAUUUUUAAUUCAAGCUUUGGGAAAUGUCCCUGUUGACAAGGGCAUGCCUCCUACAUCAGAUGAAACUGUGAUGAAACAUAUAGUAAAUCCAGCGAUCAAAUCGCAAGCCACUUGUAUAGAUUUGCAAGCACCAUGUGGAGAUUUGAACCAGUUGGACUUCAUAGAGAUUUUCAAGAAGGUGGUGGAACAUGCUGCAUUCCAAUUGAAGGCUACACCAAUCACUGUGGCGCGUAGUGAAAAGACUUAUGAUGGGAAAGGUGUGGCACGAUUGUUGCAUCAAAAAUCUGAACUGGAAAAGGCGCUGCAGAUGACUUGGAAAUCCCUACCAAAAGAUAAGCAUGGAGCUCUUCCAAGAAAAUAUCUUCGAGUGGGAUUAGAUAAUUUGGCCCCUUCAGUUGCUUUGCCCCCUGUAGGAGCCAUUGAACAGAUGGAUGAAGUGAUUUCAGAAGUUUUUAAAAUGGUGAGAGCUGAUGAAGGGGGAGUUUUGAAUGAAAAUGAAUUUAAUAAAUUAAUGUUACAAAUACUUGGUAGUAUCAUGCUUCAACUUGAGGGGAAUUCAAUUCAUGUGUCUAGUGUUGAAGUUGUUAGUAGUUCGUUGACUGGCAACAUUCUUCCACUCUAAAAUGUCUAUUCCUCUUCAAUUUGUUAGCUUAAUGAAUGGCCUUAUAGUCAUCUCUAACAAAAUGACAAGUAAUUAUUAUGAAUUAGAGAAUAAUCAUGACAUUAAACUUCCUCUUUAAAGGGAGGGACCCUUAAUUCUUCAAGGGUGGAAAGCUUGUACUCUUAAAACAUGUUAAUCUUUUGUAAAUCUAUUGAAGACAUCAAAGAUUUCAUUUUUUCAUGAAUUA